UCGGCCUAACCCGCAAGGGGAAUCGAAAAUGAGGGCUAAGGUGGCGGAGUUAUCAAAGGGCAUCGCGACAAUUAAGGAACACUUCGAUGAAGCACGCGCCAAGAAGGAGGAGAAAGCUCGUAAGAAGUGGGAGAAGGAGCAACUAAAGGAGGAAGCUAAGCGUAGGGAAGAGGAAGGGAAACGGGAACGAGCGGAGGAAGCAGCGAGACGUGCAGCAAAGAAGAAGAAGAAAGAUGAGAAGGCCAAGAAGGAGGUCAUCGCGAGAGCCGAAAUGAAGAAAGAAGUGACACUAUACGCGGUGAAGAUGAUCUACGAAAUUAAAAAUGACUGGCUCCAUGAAUGGAAGUCGACUCUGUUACCAGGGACCACAGGCGGAACUAAAGACGUGAAGGGGAAGAAAGCGGUGGAGUUCAUCUUCGAUAAUGAUGAACGGUCGGACUACAACUCUGAAGGCAACGAGACUAGUGUUACACAAGAACUAAGUGAGAAGACGUGUAGACUUUGCCUAUCCGAGAAUAGGAAACGGGAAGAGGAUGUGAAGAUGGAGGAUAGUCCUCCAAUGGAGCUGCCAGCGAAGCGGACACCGGGAAGAUUGGGCCCCAAACCCCGCAUUCCCAACGCACGCUUGACUCGCUCGAAGAGUAUGGCGAAGGGUCCGCGCACGACGAUCCCUGCUAAGAUACGCACACCGGUGAAGAUUCCGUUGUCGAAGAUGAACAAGUCGAAGAAGACGCCUCCGACUGGGAGAUUGACUCCGGCAAGCAAAGCGCUAGCCAAAUUGCGGUUCCGCGACGCAAUCAUUAAGGAGAUUAAGGAUUGUAAUGCCGAUGAACUGCAACGUAUGUGUCGUGAGGAGGGCUUACACUACGAUGGCAAGUUGGACGCCAUCUUUUGCCUCGCUGAACACCGCGCGCAACGACACUUUGGACGGGACGGAGUCGUCAAAGAAAUCGAGGUGCGCCCAAUCGAAUUGGGAACAACGGAAGCUGAAGAACCCGUAGGGACGGAAGGGUUAUUGGAGGUACCUCUGACUCAAUGGUGAGAGUUAUGCAGAUACGCCACGAAGCUUCGAUAUUCCCAAGGUUGUACGAAUGGUCAGUGGGAGGAACUGCUAUGUCUAGUAGUUAUUCUGCUAGCCUUAAAUGAUCAGAUCUGCUGGCUUAACAGGUAUGGACUUCCCGCGUGUUAAUGAACACGUCAAGUUUCG